AAAAUAAAUUUCUGGCUCCGCCACUGCUGGUUUUUCAUUUGGUCGCAAGCAGCAACGUUUCCGAUUUCCAGGGUUUUCGACCUUUCGUCGUCUUUUAUCUGUCGAUUUUUUCAAAGGGUUCACUUUUCUCACGCAUAGAGAGCGAGGGUGGGAGACGGAGGAGAAAUGUCGAGGUUUAGGGGUAAGAGAAAGGAGGAUUACGCGUCGGAAGGCGACUCUGAAGGCCAAGCACCCUCUAAGAAGGCCUCCAAGAAAGACUCUUCCGACGAAUCCACCGAAGACAUCGUCGUCUGCGAGAUAUCCAAGAAUAGGAGAGUGACAGUGAGGAACUGGCAAGGGAGGGCUGUGGUGGACAUUCGCGAGUUUUACGUCAAAGAUGGAAAGCAACUGCCUGGAAAGAAAGGUAUAUCACUUACCAUGGAUCAGUGGAAUGUACUCCGUGAUCAUGUUGAAGAAAUCGAGAAGGCAGUUAAUGAGAACUCUUAGGGGGUUUUGUUGAUAUUACUGGAGAAAGUAUUAGCCUGUCUCUCUAAAAGUGACCAGACACUUGAAUCUAGUGAUGAUAUUUUGUGUUUACCUAUGGAUGGAUAUGCUAGAUUCAGGUUACUUA